AUGUCCGUCCGGAACAAUGUGCGCCACCUGGUCCUCUGCUGGGUGAAUGUGAGUGUGAAUGUGAGUGUGAUUGUGAGUGUGAAUGUGAGGGUGAAUGUGAGUGUGAAUGUGAGUGUGAAUGUGAGUGUGAAUGUGAGUGUGAAUGUGAGGGUGAAUGUGAGUGUGAAUGUGAGUGUGAAUGUGAGUGUGAAUGUGCGGGUGAAUGUGAGUGUGAAUGUGAGCGUGAAUGUGAGUGUGAAUGUGAGUGUGAAUGUGAGUGUGAAUCUCUUCCCCCAAGGCACAGCUCUCCCCAAGGCACAGCUCUCCCCAAGGCACAGCUCUCCCCAAGGCACAGCUCUCCCCAAGGCACAGCUCUCCCCAAGGCACAGCUCUCCCCAAGGCACAGCUCUCCCCAAGGCACAGCUCUCCCCAAGGCACAGCUCUCCCCAAGGCCACAGCUCUCCCCAAGGCACAGCUCUCCCCAAGGCACAGCUCUCCCCAAGGCCACAGCUCUCCCCAAGGCACAGCUCUCCCCAAGGCACAGCUCUCCCCAAGGCACAGCUCUCCCCAAGGCACAGCUCUCCCCAAGGCCACAGCUCUCCCCAAGGCACAGCUCUCCCCAAGGCACAGCUCUCCCCAAGGCACAGCUCUCCCCAAGGCACAGCUCUCCCCAAGGCACAGCUCUCUCCCCAAGGCACAGCUCUCCCCAAGGCACAGCUCUCCCCAAGCACAGCUCUCCCCAAGGCACAGCUCUCCCCAAGGCACAGCUCUCCCAAGGCACAGCUCUCCCCAAGGCACAGCUCUCCCCAAGGCACAGCUCUCCCCAAGGCACAGCUCUCCCCAAGGCACAGCUCUCCCCAAGGCACAGCUCUCCCCAAGGCACAGCUCUCCCCAAGGCACAGCUCUCCCCAAGGCACAGCUCUCCCCAAGGCACAGCUCUCCCCAAGGCACAGCUCUCCCCAAGGCACAGCUCUCCCCAAGGCACAGCUCUCCCCAAGGCACAGCUCUCCCCAAGGCACAGCUCUCCCCAAGGCACAGCUCUCCCCAAGGCACAGCUCUCCCCAAGGCACAGCUCUCCCCAAGGCACAGCUCUCCCCAAGGCACAGCUCUCCCCAAGGCACAGCUCUCCCCAAGGCACAGCUCUCCCCAAGGCACAGCUCUCCCCAAGGCACAGCUCUCCCAAGCACAGGCACAGCUCUCCCCAAGGCACAGCUCUCCCCAAGGCACAGCUCUCCCCAAGGCACAGCUCUCCCCAAGGCACAGCUCUCCCCAAGGCACAGCUCUCCCCAAGGCACAGCUCUCCCCAAGGCCACAGCUCUCCCCAAGGACACGCUUCUCCUCCACGCACAGCUCUCCCCAAGGCACAGCUCUCCCCAAGGCACAGCUCUCCCCAAGGCACAGCUCUCCCCAAGGCACAGCUUCUCCCCAAGGCACAGCUCUCCCCAAGGCACAGCUCUCCCCAAGGCCAUGAGCCGAUAA